AUGAUCGCGAAGGAGGCCGAGGUCGCCCUCGUUGAGGUGGAGGAGUGGUUGACCGAUCAAUGCUAUCGAAGUCCAACCAUCGAUCGCGCCGUGGUGAAGUUGUUCAGCAUCCACUACGAGUAUGUCGCCGAGAUCGACGAGGGAAGGCAGCCCACGCGAGGAAAACACCGCCGCUCGAGAGGCGAUAGGGAUAAAGAAAAAGAUCGAGAUCCCAUUGAUGAUAACUUGGAUCGAUCUCGCAGACGAAGAAGCUAA